AUGGUUGAGAACAUGGGAAAGCUGAAAAUAGAAAUGGGGAGUGGGGAACUACAAAUGCCAGAGAAUAUCACCUUCAUAACACAGCUCAUCACUUGGAGGUUCGAGAUUGGACAAAAGCUACUGGUUUCUUCACGGUUAGAAGAUGGCUUGAGAAAUGAAGAUGCGCCACCAGUUUUGUUUCACCACAUAAACAUUGUUGUAAUAGGAGUGGAAUUGGAUAUUAGUUGUGCUUUGAUGUGA